CCUGGCGCUCUGCGAGCAUAGUACUAUAGAGAACUGACUAACUCCUCUAGCUGGCUAGCAAGCAGCAGUCAGUAGGCUGAUGUGGGUUGACGUGAACUCUCAUUGAGUUUCUCUGUCUCUCUCAAUGUGUUGUUGCGAACAUUUUUUUUUUCACUACACAUACAAUAUUUUGUCGUCACGCACGGAAAUACUUUACUCUCUUAAAUACUCUUUUUUUGGAGUUCUACGAAUUUUCUAUAUACAUACAUUUAACAGAGUCGGCAAAGGCUUGGAACAAAAGUCACUUGAUAAAACUGAUAUAUAACUAUAUAUCAUGUGAAUCCUGGUGUGUACUGAUGCCGUAAAAAAGAUCAAAGGAGUGAAAGACUUCGAAAUUUCCUUUUUUUAAGACAUUGGUUUUGUGAGUGUAUAUAUGUGAGAUUGAAAUUUAGGGGAAUUAAUCACUUUAAUGGAUAUAUAUAUAUAUAUAUAUAUCUCAACUACUGAUGAUCCUUAGAAAAUGAAGCUGCCUAAAUCAAGAACAAUGAAUCAAUAUCGUGAUGAAUUCUGUUAUUAGUGAAUUUUUCAUCGUCAUCAUCAGUCGGGUAAAUCACGUGCUCAAGCGGUUUGAAGGUACCUGAUUCGCGCUACCUGACGACAAACAGCGAUAUGCCAACGAGUGGUUUACGCUGCACGAUGAUGGGGAGGAUAAAGGAUGUUAGAUUCGUGUUUUGCUCUUAUCUUGCUACGUAACGGAGGAAGUAAUUACAAGAUUACUGUAAUAAAAAAAGGCCUAAAGAAAACGCGAUAGGAUAUAGUGGCAACCCUAAACGAACAUAGACCACAAUUAUUUGGUCCGCAAUUGUCUCCUGAGAAUCUGUCUAUUACUGAGGAAGCAGUAUACUUGAUUUAUGUGCAUUUUUGCCACAAACAUAAAUUCUAGGAGUAGUGUUGAUUGAUAUAAAUAUAUAUAUGCAGAAAAUGAAUGAAUGAUUCUAUGCCUCAUCGCAAUGUGUCUGAAAUUGUGUUUUUUAAUCAUUUUACUCUCCUUGCUUCUUAUCAAUGCAAAUGAACACUAUACAUCUAAAGAAGCAGGCGAAGAUGAUGAUUCUUAUUUAUUAGAGGAAGAUGACACUGCAUCGGCAACAAUUGCAACUGAUACUGAAUUUAUAUCCGAGGAAAGUGGUCAUUUGCCAGUAUUUCUAACUGAGCCAUUAGAUGCAUUUGUCAUUAAAAACAAACCGGCAACGCUUCACUGUAAAGCAGCUCAUGCAUUGCAAAUUUACUAUUUAUGCAAUGGCAUUAGAGCAGAGGAAUCGUUUCAAACUGCAUUUGUUGAUCCACACACGGGAACACGGAUAGUUGAAUGUGAACACAACAUAACCAGAGAUCAAAUUGAAGAGUAUUUUGGAAAGAAUAAAUUUAAAUGCGAAUGCAUUGCAUGGUCAGGUUCUGGUCAAAUCAAAAGUCAACCAGCAACUGUGGAUGUUGCCUAUUUAAAAAAGCAAUUUGAAUCGCCGCCGUAUUCUCAGUCCGUGGAAGCUGGACAAGGUACAGAACUUCGAUGUAUUCCACCAAUUGGUGUUCCAUUGCCAAAUGUUUAUUGGUUAAAAAAUGGUGUCAAAUUAGAUUUAAAUGCGGAUACUCUAUUGGUAUCCAGCGAAGGACAUCUUUUGAUUGGACAGACAAAAUUAAGUCAUCAAGCAAAUUAUACAUGUGUAGCUGAAAAUAUUGCAGCUAAACGUCUCAGUGAUCCUGCUAGUCUCACAGUUUAUGUAAAUGGAGGAUGGUCUCAAUGGUCUUCAUGGUCUGAAUGCCAUUCUCGUUGUGCUAAAGGUGGUCAGAAAAGAACCCGAACAUGUAGCAAUCCAGCUCCCAUGAACGGUGGUCAACCAUGUUUAGGUCCCGCACAGCAGAGAAAUGAUUGUAGUACAAAUUGUCCAAUGGUAGAUGGAGGCUGGUCUAAAUGGUCAGCAUGGUCUGUUUGUGGAAGUGAUUGCACUCAUAUAAGACGACGCUCAUGUGAUGAACCUUCUCCAAGUCAUGGAGGUCGAAUCUGUCAAGGAAAGAAUAUUACAAUAACAAAUUGCACAGACGGAAUGUGCAAUGUCGAUGCCACGAAAUUAGGAGUGGAAUCUUCUAAAAAAGGCAAUCGAGAGUUGGAUGUAGCCUUUCAUAUUGGUUUGACCGUGACAUUUCUUAUCACCAGUGGACUUAUUUUUUUUCUCGCCAAACUACUUCGACGUAAGGCCCACAACCAUUCACUGUACUCAAUGACUCAUAACGAAUUUAACCCGCAAUUUUUCUCCGAUCAAGAUAAAAAAUUGAGUAUGCAACCAGAUGUUGCACUCACGGGAGUUCCUGCCUGUUAUGAGUAUCCCUUCGAUCCUAAAUUACCAAUGUCACGUUCAUCUUCGGAGCAUCAUUACGAUGUUCCACAUCUAUCAUUACCAUUACAAUCUUCGUCUAUUUCACCAACACCGAGUACAUCAACUCAAGAAUUCUCCAGUCAUAAGCAAAUCCAUUCAGACAGUGAAAAUAGUGCUACCAGUUCCUAUUCAUCAUCGGAAUUUAGCUACAAUAUUUCAACGAAAAGUGUGAUGCCACCAAAAUUAGAAACGGAAAAUGUUGCACGAGCCGUUGUAAAUACAAGGGGUGCUCUAUUGGUAUUAACGGAUUCUGGAAUUUCAAUGUCCGUUCCUGAAGGCGCUGUAUCGAAACCAUCAAAGGAGAAACUUUAUUUGGCAGUACUCAAUGAUGAUCGAUUUAGGCCACGACUACCAGAUGGAAUAACUCAGCUCUCAGCGGUGGUUGCAUGUGGUCCAUCGUCAGUUACACUAAAUAAACCGGUAAUUUUACAAUUUGAACAUUGCGCAAUGAUGCAUUCAACAACAUGGGAAUUAAGCAUAUGGGCCUCUAGAAGUUUAGAUAUUGAUGAAAUAUCACUUAAUUCAUCGAUGGAUGAAGAUUCAGUAAUUCAGUGGGAGAGAGUAUUGACUCUAGGAAGUGAAACAAUAAAUACACCUCUUUUCACUCAACUCGAUCAUUCGGAGGCAUUUAUUGUAACUGAUCAAUUAAGAGUUUACAUUUUGGCUGGUCAAAGUUGCAAAAAUUCAAUAGCAACAAAAAGAUUAAAACUGCUUUUGUUUGCUAGUCAAACAGGUGAAUCUAGUAUUCGUGUUUAUGUAAUUGAAGACACAAAAGCCGCAAUGAAGACAGUAAUCGAUAGAGAGGCACAAGUAAAAACAUUCAUUUUAGAUAAACCAAGAACAAUACUCUUUGAAGAUAAUGGUGAGCCACUUCAUAUUCAUUUAGAAGAAAUUGGCAACGAUGAACAGAUUCCAGUUGAAAAACAUGAAAUUUUAUUUAACGAUAUUUGGAAUAGUAUGGAAAAUACAAGAAAUGUGGCAUUUGAUUUAGAAACAAUCAGUGAGAAUUUAUCAAUGAGAUGCUAUAAACUUCAAGUAUUUCAGGGUAAUUCGGACAGUAAACAGAUGUUUAAAAUUUUCUACGACGGAAUGAAAAAUCUCAUUUCUUCGGGAAGCAUCACUAGACCACUUAGAGAAGUCACUGUUGUUAGCAGUGGACAUGCAAAUAGUACUGUAACUGAUUCUGCAACAUUGCGACCGUUUCGAUUUACCAAAUCUCUUAGAAGGCAACUUUGUCAGUGCCUUGAUCCACCCAAUGCACUUGGUAAUGAUUGGAGAAUGCUGGCGCAAAUGCUUCAAGUUGACAGGUAUAUAAAUUACUUUGCUACCAAGGUGAGUCCAACGGAGCACAUUUUAGAUUUGUGGGAAGCAAGACACCGAGCACCAACUGCCGUUACUGACUUACUAAAUCACCUAAGGGUUAUGGGUAGAAGUGAUGCAGCCAUUAUUCUUGAAGCCCAACUUGGACCUUGGCUUUGAAAUUGUUUCCUUGAAUGUUCAAUAUAUUAUAAGUACUUUCUUUUUAAAACUAAACGGAGACAUUUUAAAUUUCAGUGCCACAAAACCAGUGAUAUUACAUGAAAGUGCAAACAGUGAAUUGCGAGUUGCUAUAUGACCUAAAAAACGAAAGAAAGAGAUACUAGCCAAAAAACACUGCCUUAAAUUCCAUCUUAUAGAGCAAGCGUAAUUUACUUGUAAAUAAAAUAUUGUUAGUGAGUUUUGACGACGAAGACAUAAAAAAAAAUAACGAAUGAUUGUGAGAGCAUUAAAAUAUGUGACAAUUUUUUCUGUGUGAGGGUAGAAUUUGCGAAUGCUUUUGUGUUUUACUAAUGGUUAUUAUAAAUAUUUACAUACAUAAGAGAGUUAAAAUAAGACUGUUCUUUUAACAUUUUUCUGGAAAAAAAAUUUUGUUAAAUAAAAAAAAGAAACUAAGUAUUACUUUCUCACAUGAUUUAAAUCAUAUGAAUGUCGAUUAAUUAAGGAUAUAAAGACAUCAAUUAGUUGUCGAAAGAUUGAAUGGUAAUUCAAUAAUAAUUAAUCAAAAAAAAUUUUAUUUGUUAUAAUACAAUGUUGAGAAAAAUGAUUAAAUAUUUGUUUAAAAGUGUCAAAAAUUAAAUAGAAAGACUGAAAAAAAACAUUUAAAAAAUAUUUAUUUUCAAAGAUUCUUGUAUUUUUGGUAUUUUUGGGUAACAAUAUUUCCUCUGGACGCACAAUAUUGUCUAGAGUAUGCCAGUUCCAUUUUUUAAUAGAAAAACGAAAAAACAAACAUCGAAUGAAAAAUAUUUAUAUGCUUCACAAAAUUGAGGUGCACUUAAAUUAUAAGUGUCAAAAUAGUUAAUUAUUAAAAUUAAUAAUAUAGUGUAAUUUAAGAUUUCAAAUUCUAUUUCAAUUUCUGACUAUUUUUGUUAAAUGUUUUAAUAUAAAAGAUUAUAUUACGAAUAUUUUUUUGAGUGAUGAAAAUGGUUCUAAUGUAAAACAAAAAAACCACAGGACAAUAUUGUAAUAUGUAUGUAUGGACUGUGCUGCGGCAAAUAGUGCGUGCAUAAGAAAACGUUCCUUUUUAUCUGUAUAUUUUAAAUAAUAUUAUUGACAUUUUUUUUACCGAAAAUGUAAUUAUGAAAAAAAUAGAAGCCAAUAAUUGUUCGUUGAAUUUUUCGAGUGCUAAUUUUCAUAUUUUAAAUAUAUUGUCUUUUAAGUUUUAAUUAAUAAAAAAAAAUUUAUUUACGAA